CUAGAAAGCGCCUUACAGUGCCUUUUUUGCGUUACAUGAGGGCCACCGUAGUUCUACGACACUCUUGUGAAACUGUGGUAACGUGAGACGCAAAGUGCAAAAACAACGUGGUAUGGCCAGCUACCGUAAAGUUGUGUCGGCCUUUUGUCUAAUAUUUUUAUUGCAUGAUUGUUCAACCUCUCUAGCGUCACUGAUGUCACUGAUGAACCACAACGUUUCACAGUAACUGAUGUUCACAGCAACAUAUUUUUAGUGUCAUCAUGCCUCAGAGAUUGUUUUGCCUUCCAGGAGAACUCCAACGGGCCCGUGAAGAAGUCCAUGCGAGAGAAGGCCAUAGAGAGACGUGGUAUCAACAAGGAGCACAACAGUAACUUCAAAGCAGGCUACGUACCCAUAGAAGAAGAACGUCUCCAUAAGACGGGGCUGAGAGGACGCAAGGGAAACAUGGCUGUUUGCAUCGUCAUCCUCCUCUUCCUCCUCGCCUUAAUUAACCUCAUUAUCACUCUCGUGAUAUGGACAGUGAUCCGGAUCGGUCCGAAUGGCUGCGACAGCAUAGAGUUCCAUGAGACCGGCCUGCUGCGCUUCAAACAGAAGGCGGACAUGGGCAUCGUUCACCCGCUGCACAAGAGCACAGUAGGAGGCCGCAAGGACCAGGACCUAGUCCUCGUCGGCAACAAUAAUCCGGUUGUGUUCCAGCAAGGCACCACUAAGCUGAGCGUGGAGAAGGACAAGACCUCGAUCGUCAGCGACGUUGGCAUAUCCUUCACAGACCCUCGCACACAGACCACGUUCUUCAGCACGGACUUUGAAAACCACGAGUUCCAUUUGCCCAAAGGAGUCAAAGUUCUCAGCGUUAAGAAGGCUUCCACAGAAAGGAUCACCAGUAGCGCUUCAUCUGACCUGAACAUCAAAGGGGACAGCAAGGCCAUCAUUCGAGGAAACGAGGGCGUCAACAUCAUGGGCCGAACUGUAGAGUUCAAGAUGGGAGGAGGCAUCGAGCUCCGGGCUGAGAACAGCAUCGUCCUGAACGGAUCCGUCAUGUUCAACACGUCACGCAUCCCUAACUCAGCAGGAGACGUGUACUUCGAUGAGGGCAUGGAGAGGUACAAGCUCUGCAUGUGUGCAGACGGGACUCUGUUCCGUGUGCAGGUCAAAUAUCCCAACAUGGGCUGCCAGACUUCAGACAACCCGUGUAGAAAAGCUCACUAGACGUCUGCUUUUUAUUUAUUUUUACAUCCGGUCCGUCACCGCUGAGGUCAGAUCACAAAUUUGCGUGUAUAGUGAAAUUCCGUGAGACAUUUAUCAACGAUACCUCUGCAGUACAACCGUCACAUUCAGUAUUCCUCAUUUUGUGUUUGCCAAACAGGAAUAAUUGUGUUGCAGAUCGUUGCCACUCGCCCAAAGAUACGACAAACUUGUUAGUGCUGCAGUAUUUUCUUAUAUUUUUUAUUGCAGGUGUGCCAACGUUAUCUAAAACACGUGUAAUGCCAUGACGCUCCCAGAUGUAACGUCAGACUGGGGUUUACUGCCCAUUGAUAGCAGUCAGAAGCUGUAGUAUUUACUUUUUGCCUUACCGUCCAGUAUUACUGAAACACAAAACCUUGAAGAGAUUUUAUUUGCUCAUUUGUUCAUUGUUGCUGGCAGCUUUGUUUGACAUUUUCUUUAUUAUAAACACUACAUGAUUAUGUUUAUGUUACAUUACAUUUUAGGAUAAACUGUAAAAGAAAAAGAUAUAUCAUAAGCCAUCCAGUAAUGUUAGUCUCUUUCUUAGACUGUCUAUCAUACACGUGCCAAUGGAUUUACAAGGGAUGAUGAAGAAUAUAAUAUAUAUGUAAUAAUCACAGUUUUACAGCAAGAAUAAUACAGUGAAAAACAGGAGGAGAGUGUGUGCACUAAGUUACGCUACAGACUAAUUCUCUUUAAAUGUUGAUUUCAGGAGAGUUUAAAUCAGUCGUUUGGUUUGAAGCUUUUAUUGAGUGGUUUGAAUUUUGUGCAAUAUAGUAAAAAAAUAUAUUUGAAUUUCA